AGACCGGCUCUUCAAACACCCAGUCUCCGGAGAGUCUCUCACCUGACCAGUUUCGCCAGCGUGACCAGCCGUGCACGUCGUCGUCAGCUGCCGCAGUGCGUCUCACCACACACAACACGAACCACCGAGUUUGACCACGUUUAACCGCGUCCGCCUUUCGUAUAUUAUAUACCUAAACUUGUGAUAACGCGAUACUAUACUUAUACACCUACUGCUCUUAUUUCAUCGAACGUGUUGCGCGUUUAUUCAUUUUUUUAACCCGUUUGAAAAGUCCGAUUAUCCACACGGACGUUCCACCGCGGUUUUUCGUCGCGACGUUAUAGUUUCCGGCCGCCGCCUACACCGAGUGUUCCGGCUGAACUCCGGAUAUCCGGAGUGUUAUGCGCGACGCGACAUGAACAGAUACUACGAGGCGUACCCGAAAAGCGGCGGAACCAUGCUGACCCUGCCACCGCCACCGCUGUCCGACCCGUCGGCUACGUGGAACUCGUACAGCUCGGAACCGGUCAAAGGGCUCGGCAACCGGAUCAAGCCGGACAGGAACCGUCAAGCGGUUAACGUGCAGAAGUUGCAGUGGCGUAACUCCAACUGGGUGGAUGGAUUCCCGGAGCUGGUGGGCUCGAUGACCAUUGCGGACGUCAGCCCGAGGUUCGCGGUUAAGCGCAUCCUGCUGCUGUACGAGAACGCCCAGUACAGGGAGGCGGCGAAUUUCGUGAACCGGCUCAGCCACAAUACGUUCAAGGCGAUCCUCGACCAGCUGCCAAUCGACCUGUUCGUCGAGGCCAUGCCGCACAGCCUGUCCAUACUGGAGGCUCUCUAUGCCAAGGUAUUUCUGUCGUCCGACUGCGGCGUCAAGGUGCUUCGGCCCGACCACGUGCUCAUGCGACUGGUCAAGCUGUUCACCGGCACCGCAGCGGGUGGCGCUGAUCGGUGGCUGGGCAGCACGCGCAAGCUGCUCAAGGUGAUCGUGCUGUCCGAGCCCAAGCUCCGGAAGGCACUGCAGGUGCGCCGCAGGGCGCUUGACAAGGCGGUCGAGGGCCUCGGCCAGCACGGGCUGGUGGGCACCAGUGACGAGACGCUCACCAACCUGCACGACGCGCUCAAGGUGGAGUUCCAGAAGCUGGUGGACACGUACAAGGCGGCUCUUCUCAAGCUGGAAGAGCUCAGCUUGUCCGGCAAGCGGGACGGCGUGAGCAAGGGCCCAGCGCCGGUGCAGGCGUCGCACCAGCGGCAACUGUCCCUGCAGCAGUCCGACAUCCAGGAGCGGCUCAUCAAGAACAAGACGCUGCUGAACGUCGUCGAACCCGUACUGGAGAACAAAUCGAUGGCCAUACUAUUGACCAUACUCAAGCGACGGGUCGAGUACGAUAAGGACGCUCUGUUCCAGUUCACUCAGCUCCGUAAGGAGCUCAAAGUCGAAUCUGAACACGUGGUGGCGCCUCUGCUCAUGAGAUACUCGCACGCUUGCGAACAGGUUUUGGAAUUUAUGAAGGAAGUAGCGGAGGACGAAGAUUCCAGCGACAUAUCUGGCUAUCACUCGGAUUCGGACAGUGCCAUAAUGAUGUCGGGGAAUUCACCGUAUGUCACCAAGAGAGCCAGACACAAUUUCAUUUCACGAUCAGUGCGGUCGAGCAGCAACCACAGCACUCGCACUAGAUUAGUAAUGAGCACUGGAUCGAGUUCGGCGAGUCCCCCGGACGGCGGAGAAUCGUCUACGACAGCGACACCGAAUUGGGAAUGGUCAACCGAGAAAUCGAUGAAUACGUUGACCUGUUGUCGUAAGUGUGGACCACCGACUGCUUUGCAAUUGCAGACCGUUAACGAUGAUCGAGAGAAGUUGGCCUUGCAGACGGAGCUCGAAACCACAAAAGCCGAACUAGAAAGGACUAAAGCCAAACUCGAGUCUUUAAACAAGGCUGCUAAACAGGCACAGUCUUCGAAAGAGCUGAGUGGACCUAGGUUGGUCAGAUGCUACGGUAACCUGUAUUCGCAAGCCCGUGUCGAUGCUCUCGAAAAACUAGACGUGUUGCCUCAGCUCGCCGACGCCACGGAACUGAAAUCGAAAAUCCUCUUCUCCGUUGUCGUCUUGGCGUUCAGGUCGACCCAAGCCAUGUUGAACCUGAAAAAAGAACAGGUGAAACGGCUGCUGUUCUAUCCGACGCCGUCCGGUUCGGCACACGUAGAAUUGGAGGCUUCUAUCUGUUCCUAUUUGAGGAGGACAGUAGACACGUUCGAUUUAACCCAGUGCAUCGAGGAAGUGAGCACUCAGCUGUGGGCGACAUUAUACGACUACCCGUGUCUAAAAACGUGUGCUGGACUUCAUCAAUACAUUUGUGACGCAGUACGCUUAGCUUGGGCUCUAGUAAAUCAGACGCCUAGCUUUGUACUGGAAUACGAACAGAGAUCAUUUAAGAGGGACCUGCACGUGAGAUAUCAUUCUUCAGAUUUGGAGAGCAAUCAAGUUCGGACUUACCUGUGGCCUGCACUGCUCGAAGGACAAGCUGGACCGUGUGUACACAAAGCAGUAGUACUUACUUAGAUCAUGCUUUUAUACUUUUUAAGAACAUGUUGUUAAAUUAUUUACUAUAAGUAUGUACAUAUCAUUGAAUGUAUUUAGUUAUUUACAAUCCCCGUUUAUACAUUGCGAAGCUAGUAGUUAUAGUAGUUAAUGUUUUGUGUAAGCCCACAAUAUAUAUUUACUUACAUAUAAUAUAUAUAUUUUUUUAUACGACAUAAUUGUAUAAUUAUACGACUGAGUAGGUAUCUUCUAAACUAGAUUAUGAUUUAACAUUAAAUGUGGCAUAGUGUACUUC